AUGGUGAAAGUCUCGCACGACGAAAAGAUCCUCGUUGUAGGAGCCGGAGCCUUUGGCCUCUCAACGGCUCUGGCAUUGAGACAGCGCGGUUUUACCAAUAUCACAAUCAUCGAUCGUUAUUACCCACCCGUCCGAGACGGCAGCAGCAAUGACAUCUCGCCCAUCAUUAGAUCUGAUUACAACGACCCCUUCUAUGCACGGCUAGCGAAAGAAGCCAUCGCGCUCUGGAAUGGCAAACGACCCUCAUCUAGAAAGACCAAAGAUGUCCUGAGAAGCCAGUCGCAGACCUUCCGAGAGUUCAGCAGCACCGAAAAAAUCAGGCGUACGAUUCCAGGCUUGAAAGAUCUUCAGGAUCCAUUGAAUGGAUACUUCAACCCAAGCUCCGGUUGGGCCGACGCUGCCGGGGCGAUCAAAGCCGUGGCAGAUCGUCUCAGUGAUCUGGGAGUGUCGUUCAUCACAGGCCCGCGAGGAACGAUGCACUCCCUAAUUAUCGAUAGCAAAUCCCAAGUCACAGGAGUCAAUGUUGUUUCUGGAGACCCAUUGCGUGCGUCCAAGGUGAUCCUUGCGACCGGUGCAUGGACCAAUCGAUAUCUGGAUCUGGAAUACACUAUAGUUGGAUCAGCACAACCCGUGGGCUUCAUUCAGCUCACUCCAGACGAGGCCCAGAGACUUGCCGACAACCCAGUCGCGAUCAACAUGACUUCAGCCGUAUUCUUUUUCCCACCCAGUCCAGACAACAUCCUCAAGGUGGCUUACCACGGUCAUGGGUUCGAAGUCGAAGACUCAAGUGAUGGCAAACAGGGUCGGACAGUUUCAGCACCACAGCGAGAUUCCGACAAUGCGGCAUCCAGCUAUCUUCCUGAUGAUGCCGACAAGUACCUGAGGGCUGGGUUGAGGAAAUUUGUCCCCAGUGUUGCUGAAAGGCCGUGGACUCGAGGCCGCUUGUGCUGGUAUACAGAAACUCCAACGGGUGACUUUAUCGCCGAUUACCAUCAAUCCGUGGCUGGGCUGUUUAUAGCCACAGGUGGUUCAGGCCAGUAAGUUGCACUUUGGGCUUCCGUCCCCCUUUCCGAUGGAUGUUUUGGCUGACGAUUUUGUAACAGUGGUUUCAAAUUCUUGCCUGUCCUGGGACAGUAUAUUGCUGAUUGCUUUGAGGGUACUGCGUCAGCC